AUGCUUAUAACUUGUGUGACAUCUUUUAAUUUGACUAUUUUACAUACAAAUGACGUCCAUGCACAUUAUGAUGAGAUUAACACAUUUGGUGGUCAGUGUAAUAACAUAGGAAAUUGCUACGGAGGUAUGGCGAGACUCAAGUACAAAGUGGAUGAAAUAAAGAGACUGUAUCCCAACAAUACAGUAUUCUUGGAUGCAGGAGACCAGUACCAGGGCACAUUCUGGUUCUCAGAGUUCGGUGGGACCAUUGUUCACACAUACAUGAACCUCCUGGAAUAUGAUGCUAUGUUUCUGCUCUUGCCACUUGUAGAAAACAGUGAUAAUUUUAAAGUUCCUAGCUGUAACAUCGAUGCAUCUGGAGAGCCUAUGAUUCAAAACAAGUUUCAUAAAAGUGUCAUCUUAGAUAUAGAUGGCGAAAAAAUCGGCAUUAUCGGUUACACAACAAAAAAUACACCCAUAUUAUCCAAUCCAGGUAAUUUGGUGUUUUUGGACGAGGUCACAUCCAUUCAAACACAGGUCACCAUGCUUAAAAACCAAGGAGUAAAUAAAAUCAUAGCUCUCGGACAUGCCGGAUUUAAGGUUGACAAGAAAAUAGCACUUGAAGUGGAGGAUAUCGAUAUUGUUGUUGGUGGUCAUACAAAUACAUUUUUAUAUACAGGCACACCGCCAUCCAAUGAUAACGCAGUAGAUGUUUAUCCCACAGUUGUCAUAAAUAAUAAUGGUGACGAAGUUUUAGUAGUACAAGAUUAUGCCUUUGCUAAAUACCUCGGAUUUCUGCAAGUGGAAUUUGAUAACAACGGAAAAAUUAUACGUUAUAAUGGAAACCCUAUAUUACUGGAUAAUUCUAUCCCUAAAAAUAGACAACUGGAGAAUGUUACUAAUGAUUUCGGAAAAGGGUUGAGAGCAAGAAUGAACAGUGUUAUAGGACGCACAUUAGUUUUCCUAAAUGGAGGUAGAUUUGUCUGUAGAUUACAAGAAUGUAACUUAGGAAAUUUGAUUGCCGACGGCAUGGUUCAUCAGAAUCUUUUACACGCAGACAGCGUAGAUGGAGCUAAAGUUUUUAUAUCCAUAGUCAACUCAGGAGCAAUACGAUCAUCUAUUGAAAGAGGCAACAUUACAAUCGGCAAUGUUUUAGAGGUGAGCCCUUUUAGGAAUACAAUUGACACAAUCAAACUAAGGGGAGACUACUUACUGCAAGCAUUAGAACAUAGUGUAGCAGACUAUGAUAUAGAUGGACCAGGUGGUGCGUACUUACAAUAUUCAGGAAUAAAAGUAAAAUAUAAUCUCACAAAACCAGUGCAACAAAGAGUAGUUGAAGCCUUAGCUAUCUGUCAAAACUGUACCAUUCCUGCAUAUGAACCGAUUGAUGAGAAUUUAAUGUACAGUUUGAUUUUAAAUAACUUUAUACGUAAUGGAGGAGAUGGAUAUUUCAUGAUCAGGGACAAUGCGGUACAAUCGCAUACUAUCGGUAAGCUUCUUAGUGCUAUUUGA